AUGACUGCGCGCACCGCGAUCGCCCGACUCGUGGCGGGCGCGUGCUGCGUACUGGCCGUGGCUGCGUUCGCGGCCGCACAACCACCGGCCAUCAACAGCGCCGACCCCGGAACCGAUUCAGCUCGACAGACUCCGGUCGGAGGGCCAAAUGUGUGUCGGUCGCGGUUUAGAAAUUACUGUUGUCCUGGCUGGUCAUUGAAACACGCGACUGGGCUUUGUAUUGUCCCUGUGUGCAAUAGGCCUUGCAAUGGCGGGCGGUGUAUCAAGCCUAACAUGUGUCUCUGUAACGAGGGCUCCGUGAGGUCGGCGUGUUUGCCCGACGACCUCAGAGAUUCUUACAACAGGGACGACGAGCAAUUACGAUCGCCUCAAACGUCUGCGCCAGACCGAUACGGGAAACUGCCGUCGGCCGGAGGGAACAACGGAAUCAUCGGAAGCGGUAGUAAUGGUGGCGGUGGUUCCGGCGGAAGUAGCAGCGGCGGUGGGAUAAACGGCAGUGGCGUUGCAAAUAGUGUCAGGACUUACGGCACUGGAGGCACAAACAACGGCGGCGAUAGUGCUAGCAGAGACGUCGGCGGUGGAAACGUCAGCAGUAUCUUGAGCAGCAGAGUCGCCACUACGACGGCCGUCAAUUCUUUUGCAGUGGCGUCGAGGAACGCUUGCAAGUAUCCGUGUUUGAACGGCGGCACUUGUCAGGGUUCGGUUUGCGCUUGUCGACAGGGUUACGCCGGCGAAAACUGUGGCGACCCCAUCUGCCGAGACGGAUGCUUAAACGGCGGCCGAUGUAUCGGCCCGGACCGGUGUGCGUGCGUGUACGGAUACGCCGGACGCAAAUGCGAAGCCGAUUACCGAAUCGGCCCGUGUUACACCAGGGUGAUCAAUGAUAUGUGCCAAGGACAACUCGAGGGUGUUGUCUGCACCAAACAGUUAUGUUGUGCAACAAUAGGCCUGGCAUGGGGACACCCGUGCGAACAGUGUUCGCUGAGCUACGAUUGCGAUAUAGGUUUUCUCAAAAACUUGCACUCCAACCAAUGCAUAGACAUUGACGAGUGUGAGGCAAUUCCAGGAAUUUGUAAAGGUGGAGCGUGUGUAAAUAGCGUGGGGUCUUUCAAGUGCGUGUGUCCCGAGGGUCGAGUGCAUAAUCAAGUAACGAAUGUUUGCGACGACGAAAACGAAUGCAAAAGAGGCGAUCCGAACAUUUGUCAAGACGGUUAUUGUGUGAAUACUGACAGUUCUUAUUAUUGUAUCUGUAAACAAGGAUUUGUGCCCACCACUGAUCGGAAAGGAUGUAUAAACACUCAACAGGGCCAGUGUUAUACAAGACUCACGUCGAGUCAAGACUGUUCAGAUCCGUUACCGAUGAAACUCUCUAAGAAAGACUGUUGCUGCGGUAAAGACAUGGGAAAGGGCUGGGGAAGUACUUGUGAACAUUGUCCGCUCCAGGGAAUGGCCGAGUACGUAAAACUCUGUCUCGGCGGCAAAGCUAAUCAGACGGUGCUGAACUUGGUGGACGAGUGCGGUCUGAGACCAGAGAUUUGCGGGUCCGGCGGAAAGUGCAUCGACACGGUCGACGGGUACGCGUGCGAGUGUUUCACCGGUUUCACGAAGAGCAGACACGAGGAGUCACAAGUGUGUGAAGACAUCAACGAAUGCGCGCAACAGGGGAUUUGCAACAACGGACAGUGUAUAAACACGCCGGGAAGUUUUAUAUGCUCUUGUCCGCCGGGCUACGAUUUGGCUUCGGACGGAAAACAUUGCAUAGAUCAUAACGAAUGCGAAAAGAACGGCAUGUGUGCGAAUGGGAAGUGUUUGAACGUACAAGGGUCAUUCCAAUGCCGCUGCAAGUCGGGAUACGUCAUGUCACAAACUGGUCAUUCGUGCAUAGACGUUGACGAAUGUUACGAAAAUCCAAAAAUUUGCCUCAACGGUAAGUGUCGAAACACCCCCGGUUCCUACAUAUGCGAGUGCCAGCCGGGAUACACGGUUUCGCCUGACGGAACGUUCUGCACGGACAUAAACGAGUGUGAAAUAAGGCCCGGUCUCUGUAGCAACGGAAAAUGCGCGAACACCGAAGGAUCAUACAAAUGCCUCUGUGAUUCUGGCUACAGAUUGUCACCCGACCGGCAGAACUGCAUAGACAUCGACGAGUGUUCAAACAACGGAGGUCCUUGUCAAAACGGCAAGUGCAUAAAUAUGGCUGGAAGUUACCGUUGCGAGUGUCAAGACGGGUUUUAUUUGGGACUCGAUGGACGUACAUGUUUGGACACACUCCGCGAUCUCUGUUAUGCCAACUAUCAGCAGGGCUCAUGUCUGCAACCCCUUACCGCACCAAUGACGAAAUCCAGCUGUUGCUGUUCGUACGGCGUGCUAGGUCAAACGCCCGGAUGGGGUUCACCGUGUUCGAAAUGCCCUUCGCCCGAUAGCUCGGAGUUCAAAGGACUCUGUCCUCAAGGUUUCGGGAUGACGUACAACGGCGACGACAUAAACGAAUGCGCUCAAAACCCAGCCGUGUGUUCCAACGGUGCUUGUGAGAACACCAUAGGAAACUAUCGGUGUAUAUGCAAUUCCGGUUACGAGGUGGACGACACGGGUAAGACUUGUAAGGAUAUCAACGAGUGCGAAAUGGACGACACAAUAUGCAAUGGUGGUCAGUGCCGUAACACACCAGGAAGUUUUCAGUGUACGUGUCCUGUGGGAACCGUAUUGAACUCUGAAAGUCAAUCAUGUCAGGAUGUAGACGAGUGCGACGAACUCGGUCUUAAUGCAUGUGUAGCGGGCCAAUGUAUUAACACUGUUGGUUCUUUUGAAUGCGAAUGUCCACCUGGUACCAUUUUAGAUAGUACCGGACGAGUUUGUUUAGACAAUCGUCGUGGUUCGUGCUGGACCCGUUUAACUGGCGGUAGAUGUGAGAACAACCUCAUGCAACUCACCUUGAAAUCUGACUGUUGUUGUUCGAUUGGGCUGGCUUGGGGUAGUCCGUGUGAACCCUGUAAGCCAGAAGACUGUGGCGGCGAAUGUAAUAAAGGAUACGUGUCUGUAGGUAAAAUAUGCCGAGAUAUAAAUGAAUGCGAACUGAGCCCGGGAAUUUGUAGAGGUGGAGGUACUUGCGUCAACACAGAAGGAUCGUUUACUUGUGUGUGUCCCCCUGGUUUGACAUUAGAUACUACUGGAACUGUCUGUUUGGACGUACGAGAAGAAAAGUGCUACACGGAUUUUAAGCACGGUUCUGGUGUUAAUCCGUUAGACGGAAUUUAUCCGAAAUGCAUUUGCUGUUGUUCUACUAUAGGAAAAGCUUGGGGCGGAGGUAUAGAAGGAUCUCUCGGUAGGAGUGAGACUUGUCCUCGACGCGGUACUCCUGCUUUCACCGAGUUAUGUCCGAAAGGACCCGGUUUUAUCGAUCGCAAAGAUAUCAACGAAUGUAUUGAGUUUCCUGGUAUAUGCAGCAACGGCCGGUGCAAGAACACCAUGGGGGGUUUUACGUGUAAAUGUAGUCAAGGAUACACUUUGGACGAGUCUGGAAUUCGUUGUGUUGAUAUCGAUGAAUGCAAUAUCAUGCACGGCGUUUGCGGCGACGGAGAGUGUCAAAACAUACCCGGAAGUUUUGCGUGCAAGUGUAAGGACGGUUAUGAAACAUCUCAACUGAUGCAAGUCUGCAUGGAUAUCGAUGAAUGUGCAAGAACGCCUGGACUAUGUCGCGGCGGUACGUGUCAAAACACGCCAGGCAGUUAUAGAUGUGAAUGCCCUCCUGGACAUGAACUUUCAGCCGACAAACAAAGCUGUAAAGAUAUCGACGAAUGUUCAAGAACUAGUGGAAUCUGUUCUAAUGGCGUUUGCGAGAACAUGAUGGGAACGUACCAGUGCGUGUGUGACGACGGCUACAGGCAAACAGACCAGAAGUUUUAUUGUGAAGAUAUUGAUGAGUGUGAGAUAAAUAAUGGUGGAUGUUCGUCCAUAUGUAUCAAUGUCCCGGGCAGUUACAUGUGCACGUGCAAGGCCGGAUUUAAUUUGUUAGCUGACAAACGAACGUGUGUAGAUGUAAACGAAUGCGAAGAAAAUCCUAGAAUUUGUAACGGUGGCCAAUGCAACAACACGAUAGGCAGUUUUCUGUGCUCUUGUUCAGAUGGUUUACUCAAAGGAGCUGAUGGUUCUUCGUGUAUAGAUAUUAAUGAAUGCAACGGUAAGGACGUGUGUGGAAAUGGAGUUUGUAGUAACACUAUUGGGUCAUUUACUUGUCGUUGCGAAGAAGGAUAUUCAGCUAAAUUGGACUCCGGACCUGCUUGUACCGAUGAAGACGAAUGCGAGAUGGGUACCCAUAGAUGUGACUUAAAUGCAGCAUGUAUUAACCAUCCGGGUUCCUAUAGCUGCCGAUGUCAAGAUGGUUUUACCGGCAAUGGAUACAACUGUAUGGAUAUCAACGAGUGUUUAACAAACAACGGGGGUUGUGAUCAAAAUGCACAAUGUAUAAACGAAGAAGGCUCGUUUAAGUGUGUGUGUGAUGAUGGAUUCCGUGGGGAUGGCUACUCGUGUAUAGACAUUGAUGAAUGUACUGAAGAUUCAACUCUAUGUGAAAACGGUCAUUGUUUAAAUUAUCCAGGAUCGUUUAGGUGCGAGUGUGAAAUGGGAUUUAUUAAUCCGGAUGACAAAAAUGAAAGAUCUUGCAAUGAUAUAAAUGAAUGUCAUAUGUUCAAUAACCUGUGUGUGUACGGUACUUGUGAAAACAUAUUUGGGACGUUCAGAUGUGAGUGUAGUGGAGGAUAUCAAUUGGACAACACGGGAGGAAAUUGCACGGACAUAAAUGAGUGUGAAAGUCCACAGGCAUGUCUAUACGGCGAAUGCAUCAAUAACGAAGGCAAUUACACAUGCAAAUGCCCGCCAAAUUAUCAACUAGUUCCAGCCGGAAACGCGUGUGUCGAUAAGAGGGAAGGACGGUGCUAUAUGGAUGUGGAAGACCGUGGUGGUCAGAGGAUUUGCCAUCACGAGAUGGGAUCGGCCGUGUCGAAAGCAACGUGCUGCUGUUCUGUAGGUAAAGCCUGGGGCUCCAGAUGUGAAUCGUGUCCAGAAGUCGAAACAGAAGAAUACAAGACUCUCUGUCCCGGAGGAACGGGGUACAGGCCCAACCCGACUACGGUGAUACUCGAAGACGUCAAUGAGUGCGAGGAACACGACAACCUGUGCACAAACGGCCACUGCACCAACACGUUCGGCAGCUACAUGUGUUCGUGCAACGAGGGUUACCGUCUGGACAACACCAGUACAUUCUGUUAUGACGUGAACGAGUGUGACGAGAACCCGGACGUCUGUGGCGUGGGAUAUUGCGUGAACGAAGUCGGCACGUAUCGUUGCGUUUGCCCGGACGGAUACAUGCUGCUGCCUAACGGAAAGGAGUGUGUGGACAUGCGAAAAGACAACUGUUUUUUGAACUACACGAACGGUCAGUGUUCCGUGCCCAUGUCCAAUAGCCAGACUCGAAUGAUCUGUUGUUGUUCGAUGGGCCAAGCCUGGGGAUUGCCGUGUCAACCUUGUCCGGCGUCCAGUACCAAGGAAUACUUACUCUUAUGUGGGUCGAGACCGGGCUUGAUCAUGAACCCGAUGACCAACCGAACCGAAGAAAUCGACGAGUGCACACUGAUGCCGAACAUGUGCAACCACGGAACAUGCGUCAACACGCCCGGAAGCUUCCACUGUUCGUGCGACGGCGGAUACGUUUACGACGCCAACUCCCAUCAAUGCAUCGACGACAACGAAUGUCUGCGCAUACCAGCUCCGUGCCGGGGCAUCUCGCAGUGCGUCAACACGCCCGGUUCGUUCGAAUGUCAGUGUCCCGAAGGGUACAAGCUCGGGUCCACCGCUAGGGAGUGUGUGGACGUCGACGAGUGCUACGAGCGAGAUGGAAUAUGUCGAGAUGGCGAGUGCACGAACCUGGACGGUAGUUUCCAGUGUAUCUGUCACAACGGGUAUGCGCUGACGGCAGCUCGCGACACGUGCGUUGACGUAGACGAGUGUAGCCGCCACCAGAACGUGUGCAACAACGGCACUUGUCUCAAUACCGUGGGAUCGUUCAAGUGCAGCUGCUUCGACGGAUUCAAACUCAGUCAUAACAACGAUUGCAUAGAUGUGGACGAGUGUAGAAUGAUGCCGUUCCUAUGUAGAAACGGUCGAUGUAGAAAUACUAUAGGCGGGUUCAGCUGUGAAUGCACUUCCGGGUAUGUACUUUCCACCGACGGUCAACAUUGCAGGGAUAUUGAUGAAUGUACCGAGAUACCGGACACUUGUCCCCAGCCGGGGAGAUGUCAAAAUCUGAUGGGAUCGUUUUUAUGCACCUGUCCACCCGGAUAUCGUUUAUCGGCUGCCAAAAACUCGUGUCUCGACAUAAACGAAUGUCAAGAAAUGCCAGGUAUAUGCGACGGAGGUACUUGUAUGAACACGGACGGCGGCGUUAUAUGUGACUGUCCCGAGGGUUUCGUUCUCAGCUCCAACGGCAUGAAAUGUAUAGACACCAGACAAGACCACUGUUAUGAUAAAUUUAUGUCCGGUAACUGUUUGGCUCCAAGAAAACAGAGAAUCACGGAGAAGGAAUGUUGUUGUUCGAUGGGAGGCGGUUGGGGGAAGUUGUGCACGGCUUGCCCGAAACCAGGAAGCGAUGCGUUCGCAAAACUGUGUCCGGAAGGUGUCGGCCGCGGAGACAAGGGCGAAGACCUGAACGAAUGCGAUUUCAUGACGAACCCGUGCGACGGCGGUGAAUGCAUAAACACGGACGGAUCUUACCGGUGCGAGUGCCCGGCCGGCUACGUUUUGGAUUCAACUGGGAAAAAAUGUGUAGACGAGAACGAGUGCAAGAUCAACGUAAACAUUUGCGGGAACGGGACGUGCACGAACUUGCAGGGUGGCUUUGAAUGCAUCUGUGCCGACGGAUUUGCGCCGGGGCCGACGCAGGUCUGCGAAGACGUCAACGAGUGUCUGGAAAUGUCCAAUCAGUGCGCCUUCCGUUGUCACAACGUUCCCGGAUCGUUUAGGUGCAUAUGUCCGUACGGAUACGCACUGGCACCAGACGGUAGACACUGUCAAGACGUCGACGAAUGCUUGACGCCAGCAAACAAUUGUAAAUUCGCGUGCAAGAACCUGAUCGGGUCUUUUGCUUGUAUCUGUCCCGAGGGUUACGUCCAAGUCGGCACGGACGAAUGUAGAGACAUCAACGAGUGUGCCGAAAACGCGAACGCGUGUCAAGACGGAUAUUGCGUCAACCUGCCGGGCUCGUACAAAUGCGAUUGCUUCGAUGGGUUCAAGACCAGUUACGACGGAAAGCAGUGCAUAGAUUCUAGAGUCGGAUUUUGCUACAGACAUUUGCUGAACGGCAGGUGUAUCAAUCACGGCGGCGGUGGUAUCGGAAACAUCACGGGCGCCGUGGCCUACAGAUCCGUGACGAAAGCCGACUGCUGCUGUUCGAUGGCCGCCGCCUGGGGACCUCAGUGUCAACCGUGUCCGUCUCCGUCUUCGGAUUCGUUCAGACAACUGUGCUUGGAAUCCGGGUACACGAUCGAUGGUCAAGACAUAAACGAAUGUGAGACUUUACCAGACUUGUGCGCCAACGGUAGGUGUAUAAACACGCUGGGAUCGUACAGGUGCAGUUGUAACAAGGCGUUCAAAGUCGAUCACACCGGAACGCAUUGCAACGAUGUAAACGAAUGCCUGUUGAAUCCAUCCCCGUGCGAAAUGUCGUGUCAGAAUCUGGAAGGAGGCUACGCGUGCGGCUGUCCCGCCGGAUUCGUGUUGAAUCCCGACAACACCACUUGUCGAGACUUGGACGAGUGCACUACCGGCCAACACAUUUGUCAACAGUUGUGCAUCAACACCCACGGGUCGUACAAGUGCGGGUGCCAACCGGGCUACCGACAGACCGGAGAUCACUGUGCAGACAUCGACGAGUGCCGGCAAGAACCCAACCUGUGUCCAGCGCCGGGCAAUUGUGUCAACACGUUAGGAAGUUACAGGUGUCUGUGUCCGAAGCAAUACAAACUGGACAGCACCGGUACUCGUUGCGUGGAUCCGAAGCAAUUACAAUCAAAAAAUCAACAGAACGAAUGCUUUGGACUCGACUGCAACCUAAACGUUCCCGGCAACAACAACAAUAACUACAAUAACAACAACAACAACAACAACAACAACAACAACGGAUGUCAUGAUCAACAGAAUGCUCAAAACGGUACUUCCGGCACGAACGGCGGUAACAACUGUGGAUGUCCAAAGGGUUUCCGGAAGUCGGGUUACCGCGGAGAGUGCGUGGACAUCAACGAGUGUCUUGACUCUCCGUGUGACUCUAACCUUAACUGCAUCAACACGCCCGGCGGCUACCAAUGUGUAUGCGCCAACGGACAGAUUUACGACCCUCAGUACGGUACAUUACAAGGAUGUAACGGUCGACCGUCGUUACCACAGCACGGCGGUAUUGGUGGUGGUGGCGGCAGUGGCGUAGGAUGCUAUGGUAGUCCUUGCGCAUUCGGUUGUACUCCACACGGACAGAGUGGUUUCUCUUGUGGAUGUCCGUCGGGCUACCAGCGGAUUGGUCAGGGUCAUUGUCUGUCGACCAUAAGUCCACUAACCAGUGGCUCGCAUAUUGGACCACCAGAUCUGGGCGACAUUCCGACGUUUCCCAUUGAACCGGAGUUAUAUCCCAAAAGUUCGGGUGGAAAAAUAAUAUCGACCGAAGGCUGCUUCUCGUGCAAGAUAAAUGGAGAUGGUAGACUUCGCCAUAGGAGGACGACAAACGUAUCAACAGAAGUCAUGGCGUCGGACAAAAACGAUGAUCGCGUAAUGAAGAUACACAGAUAUAGGCACCACCGGGAUGACGGAGCGCACAAGACCAUCAGAAUGAGAAUGUCUGACGCUAAACGGAACACACGGAUUUUGAAACUGCUUCCGGCUGUCAAGGAAAAUUACAAUUACUUCGUGGUGCCGACCGGUGACUCGACUAACAAGUUCCGGAUAAAACGUAACUCUAAAGGAAUUUGGGGAUUGCACUUCCGACGUAUUCCCAGGAAACCAGGAAAAUAUCACUUGGCUAUAGAUGGUCAACGCACCGCAGUUGACGGCCAAAUCGAACGCCAGAAGCUUCCGAUUUUGCACGUCAAACUGAUCGUGUCCGGAAACUGAAUUUCGUGAAUUUUUUAAUCAUCUUAUUUUAAACAGAAAAAAAUGUAUACAAGCCGACCGAAUUAAACAAGUAAAAAUAAAUAAAAUGCAUAAAUCUCGACAGUUUCGUGUUACUUGUAACUUAUACACAUUACACAAUAUUAUUAAAUAAUGUAACAUUUUUGCUUAGUACCUAUUCACUAGGUAUAUAUACUACAUUUACGAGUAAAUAUAGAUCCCGAUCCAAAGAUUUUUCCUUUAGUUUGAAUUUAAGUCAAAAACGAUAUCAUAUCAGAAUAGAUAAGUAUUAGUAUGAGUAUGAGAUAAAAAUCAAAAGUAAGUAUAAUACAUAAAUAUUAUAACAAUACAAUUCCUGUAACAUUAUUUAGCUCAGUUCUUCUAUCGAUUGGACAUUUAAAUAAACUAAAAUUUAACAACUACAAUAAUAAUUUUAAAUUUCUGAAUUUAAUUAAAACAUGUAACAAUACAUCGUAGUUAAUAACUAUUAUAGUUAUAAAAAAAUAAUAUAAACGUGAUGUAUAAAAUUGAAAUGUCGUAACAAUAAUGGACAAAUCGUGUUCGUUUUCGUGAUCAAUUGCUGUAUUACUUUUAUUUUAUAUUACUUUAAUUUAUUAUUAAAUUAUAUUAUAACAUUAUUAUAAAUUUACUUAAAUAUAAUAGCGAUUGUAAUCUUAAGUCAUUUUUCGUUUACCCACUUACAUUUUAUCGUAUACAAAA